GUGCUUGCCUGCUACAUCUAGCAACAGCACCGACGUCUGGGCGCCAAAAACGUGCAGGAGACGGAGCAGUGUCUGUUCUCCUUGAUUGCUAUAUCUCUCGUUGAGUGCGCUGCGUUGCCGGUCCAAGCGAAUUCGAUAACGGUAUCGUCGCGUGCCCAACAAACGCAUCUCGAAUCCCAAAGGCGUGCAGCUACAUCGCAGGAUCCAACCUGCUGCAAGUCCAAGGUGUAGCGAUAGGUUGAGAGGUUGUAGCGUGACGGCAAGCCGUUGUCGUCAUUGGCCUGCAGGAACUUCUUUUCCGCAGCGCGCCAGAUUCCUGCUCCCACCCCAUUGCGACGCGAACGCGAACGCGCCUACCCUUUCAACAAUCGCUGUCGAAGGUUCACCACCUCAAUUCCCUCCGCGCAAGCCACCCCACACCCGCACAUUGUCGCGCUCGUUGUUGACACGCUCACCGCCGCCAUGUCUGCCUCAGGCCCGACUCUCUACCCUGCAGAGUUUCCUUCAUGGGCCGUCUUCAAGUUCCCACCUGACUCUGCGCCGGCGCCAAUCCCUCCCCCAUACGACGGCGAGGCGACCUUUGCGAAUCCGUUUCCCAUUCCCACCGACAUCUUCCAGGGCGCGUUGUCGUACAAGGUGCCGUUGACCAUCGCGUCUGUUUACGCUGUUGUCGUCACCUACUUGAACUGGUACAACCGUCAGCAUGGCAACAAGGCGUGGAGAAUCUCAAAGACGCGCCCGUUCUACGCCUUCGUCAUCGCCCACAAUGUAUUCCUGGCUCUCUACUCUGCCGUCACCUGCGUGGCCAUGUUCAGAGGCCUGAAGCGCUCCUUCCCUCACUACAGCGAGCCCAACGCGUUUGUGGGCACCGUCGACGCGCUCUGCAAGAUUCAUGGUCCGCGAGGACUUGGCGACGCCGUCACCUACCACCCUGAUGCGCACGAGUGGGGAAGCAAGAACGCCAACAUUACGCUCGGCGCAGAGGGCUUGCCAGACUACACAGACGUCGGCAGGAUGUGGAAUGAGGGCUUGGCCUUCUGGGGCUGGUGGUUCUACCUCUCCAAGUUCUACGAGGUGCUGGACACGGCUAUCAUUCUGGCAAAGGGCAAGCGAAGCACCACUCUCCAGAAGUACCACCACGCCGGCGCCAUGCUGUCCAUGUGGGCUGGAAUGCGCUUCAUGUCCCCGCCCAUCUGGAUGUUCGUCCUGGUCAACUCUGGCAUCCACGCGAUGAUGUACACGUACUAUACGCUCUCAGCUCUUGGCUUCCGUGUCCCCAACGCGGUCAAGCGAACUCUCACCACGAUGCAGAUCAUGCAGUUCCUCGUUGGAUCUGCCUUCGCUGCUAUCCAUCUCUUCAUCUCGUACACGGUUCCAGUCGCAAUUGCGUACCAGGUUACUGAGAAGAUUGCGCCGGUCACUUCUGUCGUCACCUCGACUGUUGCCUCGAUCACUACUUCCGCCCCCGAAGUCCUUCCCACCGCCACCGUAGCUGCGUUACAUUUCCUUAGGAAGCUCAUCUACCGCGCUGCAGGUGACGAGGGUCUCGCUGAAAACAUACCUGCUCCCGGCGUGCCAACGCCUGUCCAGCGUGGGCAUUUGGCACCACCCCAUCCCGAGCACCCCAUCCAGCACUUCUUCCACCGAGAACACAGGAACAAGACUGUGUACCGCACCGAGUACCAGCACGUUCCUUGCAUCGACACAUCCGGCGAAGCUUUCGCUGUCUACGUCAACUUGAUCUACCUGGCUCCUCUCACCAUCCUCUUCAUGCGCUUCUUCGUCAAGUCUUACCUCCGCCGCACUUCGCCCAAUACUAAGUCCUCCAAGCAUCCCGUCUCAAAAGCCACGCGCGACGCUGCCCGUGGUGUGGAGCGCGAACUCGAGUCACUGGACGAGUCUCCUGAUGGUGUUGCUACUGGUGUCGAGAAACCACAGAACGGUGUCCGUGGACGCAAACCUACUUCGAACGGCGCUUUGAAAGAAUCGAGGUCGGACCUCAGCCCAGGCAACCAGGACUUUGUGCAGAACGUCAGCAGGAAGGUAAGCCAGCGUCUACAGGAGAUUGAUCAGGGUGCACAAGCUACAGGCGAAAAGGCCAAGCACGCCCUCAACAACCUCGCCAACAUGGCACAAGAAACCAAGACAAAGGCUGAGCAACAGUGGGAACAAGGAAGCGAGAAACUAGGAGAGGCAAAGGAGAACGUCGAGCAGAAGUUGGAGAAUGGGGAGAAGAAAGCUGGCGAGAUCAAGGACGAAAAUGUCAAAGAGGAAGCUGGAGAGCAAGCGCAGAACGUCAAGGAAGAGGCGGCAGAGGAUUCGCAGAAUGUCAAAGAGGAGGCUGCGAAGCAGGCGCAGAAACUCCAAGACGAAGCGGCCCAGCUAGCCAAGAAGGGAAAGAAGAAGACACAAGAGUCCCGGAUUCCUAGCCCUAAGAAGAAGGCCUCUAGCUCCUCCAUGGUGAUUGUAGAGAGGGAGCCCGAGCCGAAGGAUCUGAACAACACGCUUGAGGAGGGUGAGGGGAGGGGCAAGUUCUAA